AUGCCAUCCAAGUGUGGUAGGAACCCCCGGAGUAUGGAUAAGAACACGCCGGAUCUAUUUCGACCGUUAGCCAUUCGCUCUAUCACGCUUCGCAACCGGAUAUGCGUAUCCCCGAUGUGUCUCUACUCAACUGCCUCCUCCGGUCCCCAACAGGGAGUCCUUACACCGCUCUAUAUUACGACGAUUGGCCACAAUGUGUUCAAAGGUGCCGCGCUUGCCAUGAUCGAAGCGACUGGUGUCCAGCCCAAUGGCCGCAUCAGCCCUCACUGCCCCGGUUUGUGGAAUGAAAGCCAGCAGGAAGCUCUCAAGAACUUGACCGACUUUAUCCACUCACAAGGUGGGUCAUGUGGCGUACAACUGUCGCACGCGGGACGGAAAGCCAGUACUCUGUCACCUUUGGCUGCGGCACAACUGGGGAAAUCCAGUGCUCGAGCCAGCGUUGAAGACGGCGGGUGGCCUGCUGAUGUGGUCGGGCCGUCUGGUGGGCUCGCCUGGGACGGCAAAGGAAAUGAUGAUCCUUCUGGGGGUUAUUAUGUUCCUAGAGAGAUCACAAGAGAGGAGAUCGGAGAGCUUAUUUCAAGUUAUGCGAGCGCGGCGAAGAGAGCUGUGAAAGCGGAAGUGGAUGUGAUCGAGAUACACGCAGCACAUGGAUAUCUGAUUCAUCAGUUUUUGAGUCCGCUUACGAACAGGCGAACGGAUGAGUACGGUGGCAGUUUCGAGAACCGGACUCGUCUCUUCGUGGAGGUUAUUCACGCAGUGAGAGCGGUGAUGCCGGCUAGAAUGCCCCUUUUUGUGCGAGUUAGCGUCACGGACUGGAUGGAGGAUAGCGAUAUUGGGACAGAGCUGGGGAGCUGGGAUGAGGAGAGCACAAUUCAACUGGCAAAGAUGCUGCCAGACUUGGGAGUUGACUUGCUGGAUGUGAGUUCAGGGGGGAACCACCAUCAAGCGCGCUUCAAUGUUUUUGACGGAGGGCAAAAGCAUGUUGAAAUUGCCAGGAGGAUUAAGCAGUCUCUCAUGGCUCAGGGUAACGAUCUCCUGAUAGGCACGGUCGGUAUGAUCACUGAGCCACAGCAGGCCAGGGACUUAGUGCAGCGUAAUCUACAAGGAGAGCCGGGAGUAGAUGUCAUUUCUCUUGGACGACAAUUCCUCCGAGAACCAGACUGGGUGCUGAAGGCUGCUGCAGAGAUUGGCGUUGAUGUCAUCUGGCCUGCUCAAAUUGAGCGCGUCCGGCCCACUGCUAUUUCUCGUAUCUGA